CUAGUGACUUUUAGGACAGCCAAUAGCUACUUUCCUCACUGAGGUGUUGGCAACACUGUCAGAGCUACUCUUCGACCCUCUCUCCUAAUUGGUCGAGUGGCGGACCCUACGAGGUUGUCCUGAUUGGCUGGGAAGCCGGCACUACUUUCUCAUAGAAUAAGCACAAGAAGUAGGGGAGAUCUGCAGCAUCAAUGAAACAUGGGGGUCAAAAUACUGCAGCUGACCUCUAAGUCCCACCAUGAGAACAUCCUGGCCUCUCUGCAUGAGCUCCUGGUGCAGGGACACCUGAGUGAUGUCACGGUGCAGGUGGACUAUCAGGGAGACACAAAGAAGUUCCUGACCCACCAAGUGAUGCUGGCAGCAUCUAGUGGCUAUUUCAAGAAGAUCCUUCUCUCCCAGGAUGCCACCAGAGACGAACUACUUCUUUCAAACAUGCAUUCAAACUGCUUCUCCAAGUUUCUGGACUUUGUGUACACUGGUCAAGUUAAAGUUGCAAGAGACAAGAUUGGGGAUGUUAAAGCAGCGGCACAAUUUUUAGACUGUGAGGAUCUGUUGGAGGUUUGUGCUGAUGCCAUGAAUGAUGAAGUGAUGGAAAAACCUACUAAGAAAAUACUGAAGCCUGCUGAUAAAGAGGACCUGGGUGUUGGAGAGACAGAAAAUAGAUCCAGAGUAAAGAGGCAGCCGAAAAGCUUACUUCUCAAGAGGCAGCUCGCUUCACAGAGCUCUGAGAAAGAAGUCAUCUCAAAAAAACUGAAGACAAAAAACACCACAAAAGACAACAUAACACCAGGAAAACAGCUGAAACUGAGGAUCCUUCAGAGGCGUUCAACUCCCCAAAAAAAGGCUGCCAACAAUGAAAAACAGGUGAAGAGUAAAGACACAGAGGGAGAGGAGGACUGGAAAGAAGCUGAUGCUGCAGCAGAUAAUCAACCAGAGACAGGAGAUGAAUCAUGGAUGGGAAUGCCGGCCCCUGAUUUGGAUGAUUGGGAAUGUGAGGGGCAGGGUAGUGAUCCUGAUGAAGACAUGUUAUAUGUGGGAGAGGAAGAUGAGGAGGGGGAGGAGGGGCAGUCCAAGGAGCCCUUAAAGAGAACAUCCAAGGCCCAGUUCCAGUGUGACAAGUGCCAGCGGACUUUCCACUAUGAGAGAAGUUACUUGAAGCACAUCAGUACUUAUCAUGGAGUACAAGCAGAUGUCAUCUAUCGCUGUGAGACCUGUCAACAGACCUUUGCUAACCGCAGCAAUCUGAAGAUCCAUGAGAAGCAUGUCCACAGUACUGAGCGGCUCUUCACAUGUGACUCCUGCUCAAAAACUUUCAAACGAAAGAAGGAUGUUGUCCGCCAUCAGCGACAGGUGCAUGAACGCAACAACCUGCGGCAUGUCUGUCCUGACUGUGGAAAGACGCUCAGCUCCAAAACGGCCCUGUUGUUGCACGAGAGGACACACACUGGUGCAAAGCCCUUUGAGUGCACUGACUGCGGGGCAAAAUUCACACAGAACUCUGCGCUCAAGAUGCACCGAAGGACUCACACAGGAGAGAAGCCGUUUGCGUGUGACGAGUGUGAGUCCCGGUUCACCCAGAAGCACAUGUUGGCUUAUCAUAAGCGAUCUCAUACAGGAGAGAAACCGUUCAUGUGUGAGGCCUGUGGGAAGAGCUUUGCAUCUAAAGAAUACCUGAGACACCACUCAAACAUCCACACAGGGUCCAAGCCAUACAAGUGUGAAAAAUGUGGCAGAGGCUUUGCUCAGAGGAAUUCCCUCCACCAGCAUUUAAAAAUACACACAGGUGAGCGUCCGUACAGCUGUAAAGACUGUGAUAAACACUUCACCCAGCUCAACGCUCUGCAGAGGCAUCAACGCAUUCACACAGGAGAGAAGCCCUACAUGUGUGGUCUUUGUAAACGUACCUUUACAGACAAGUCCACCCUGCGCAGGCACACAAUGAUUCAUGAUGCAGAUGCUCCCUGGAAAAACUACCUUGUGGUGCUGGAAGGAAAUGUGGAAGAAAAGAAGCCCAAAACCCCAACAAAGGAAAAGACAGACAAAUCAGGAGCAGGGGAGAAGAAAGGCAUUGCUGGAAAAAACAGUGGUACUGCUUCUUGUGAUGCUGCUGCUGCUGGCACCGCUAAAACCAACACUGACUCCAUUUUGUUGCAGGCUGAGCCUGUCACCCUGCCCCCUGAAUGGGCAACUCAUGGCGCCAUUGCUUUGGUCAGCCACGGCGCCCUUGGCGGGAUCACGGUCAUCCACACUGAGAUGCCACCAGGGACUCAGAUCCAGCCCAUUGUCACCACUGACAGCACGGGAGCUAGUGUCAUUUCUAUAGAUGGGUCAGCUAUCCCCGUCCCCUUCACGAUACCGGUGUCCAUGGCUCAGACUAUCCCCUUGGUCUCUGAAGCUUCUGCCACUCUCAUGGUUCCUAUUUCUGAUGGCACUUUAACGUCAGACACAGAGACCCCGACUAUUUCUACAUCAUCUGUCCUGGAGGCUGCGGCCUCACAGACCAUUUUAGCUCCAGUUUCAGAAAAUAAAGCUUCCACUUCUGAGGGAGAAAUUUUGCCUCCAGAUAUUCAGACUGUGAUUAUUACUGAGAAGUUCAAUGGCACAGAACAGACAGCUGCUGUCCUAAAAGAUGACCAGGAGAAGACAGAAGAAAAACCCACAGCUGAACCUGAAGAGGUGCAGACUCAAGAUGCUGUGUAAAAAAUUGAUGUUUUUUUAAAGUUAUAUUUUCAGGUUUUUUUAUGUCUUUAUUGGAGAGGACAAGACAGUUGAUGGAGCAGAAAACUGGGAGAAAGUGGGGAGUGGCAUGAGGGAAAGGGGCCACAGGUUGCAGCCGAGCCUUGGUGGCCCACUGAAGGACUAAAGCCUCUGCACAUGGAGUUCGUGACUAAACUAGUGGGCCGAACCGACGCCCUGAAAAAUGGUUGAAUUUAAAGAGUAUUUUUCUGGGUAUAGGGAAUUUCAAAUCUAUUUCAAUCUUUAUCUCUAUUAUUUCUGUACAUACUUGAGCAAUACAGGUUUGACAAUGUGCUGUUUGUUAAUAAUUAUGAGCUGAAAUCCAGUAUUUCAUGAAGACUUGAAUGUGAUGUCAGUGUUUGUCUGUCUUUUGGAAUGUAAAGUAAUCAUUAAAAAUCACGAGACUCCUCAUGAGCUUUAUGCACGGUCUUUAUACGUAUAGAGCUAUGGUAUAAUGAUGUUAUGUGAUGAGAGGAACAAACUAUGUCCACCACAAAUAAAAUGAAGGGAACUGUUUAA